AUGGAUGCAGCAAGAGAAGUGUUCCCCGACGCGGAAAGACGGCGGAUAUUCCUUGCGUGCAAGGGCAUCUUCUCCGGCCCACAUGCGAACUUUCGCAAGGAAAAAACAAUCCGAAAAUGCCUGAAACGCCACGAGAAUGCGCUAAGAUCACUAAGUUCCAACUACGAUCUCGAUCACCUAGUUAUAUUAGCCAGAAACUACCUGAAAAGGGGUCUUUUUAACUCAAAUGCCCGAGCCGAGCUGGAGUUUCCGGGCUUGUUUGCGCCGUCCUUGGGGCCGGAACCACGAUCCGUAAACCCCAGAGAAGAGGUGUCGCGCACAGAGACGGAGGCGCUCGAGAGAGCUCGUUCAGGUUACGCGACAAACAACCCCGAUGAGACUGGUGAACCUGUGGUGAGGUCAACCAUUGCCGCAUCACCGACGCCCAGCAUUAACCGUGUGGCCAAACGAAAACGAGAAGAUGAAUCAGACCAGACAGUAACACCCGGGAGAUCAAAUGCCUUAUCCUUCUCUUCCUUCUUUACCUACCCUACUCAGCAUUGUAUUUUGACCACUGUUCAGCAAGUCUUGGAAGAGGGCAUCUUCGACUUCAUGAAGAGAUGGGUACCUGAGGAGCUCGCACGCAAUAAUUGGGACUGUGCGUCGGCAGUCGAGCUUAACAGGUGGACAAAAAUACUGGUUGAUUGGUCCUCAAGACUUCCAGAAAGUGCUCGUCUUUCAAGAAAUGCCGGACUCGAUGCUAUUGUCCCCGAGGUGACCGAACUCCGCCAUAUCGCCGUACAUAGAAGACCGAUAGCAGCACAGGACGUCAGCAGGCUCGUCUUUGCGGCUCAAAAACUGGCAGAGGUAUUAGACGAUGAGGUGCGCGCUUUACAGCUCAGGAGUCUGCACCACGACAUAGAAGAUAAGAUCAUAAUGAUGAAGUGUGGCAAGGAUGCUCUCGAUGAUAGUCUUGCUGCAGCUCGCAAAAACAUACAAUUGCAGCGUGAAGCAUUAUGCCGGGAAGAGGAAGAACUCGAAGCCAAGGCUAUUGAUAAUGACAAACAAAACAGAAUGAGAACGGGCAUUCUCUUGGAAGAAUCGAUGGCGAGAAUCUUCAGGAGUGACAGCCUAGUCACUCAUUCUGAGAUAGUCAGACUUAGUACAGCCGAUGAGAAAAGCACGGCUGGAGAAAACUAG